CAUAAUCCAUUCAGUUUCCCCUCUCUUCUUGGCACUAACAGGCUUCCAUACUUUCUCCCCUUAAACCAAUCAUAACAACGCACAGGGGCGGGGCCACGUCAAGUUAGGUUGUCUCUGGGUAAAUAACAAACACCACCCACUUAUUUUGUAGACGGGCGUUGUGGAGUCACGAGGAAGUUAAACGUUCAGCGAAGAUCCACCGAGGGAAAAAUAAUAAUAAAUUACAAAAAUGACAACGACGUGAAAGGAGAUGACCGAGGUGAAUCCGAUGAAACCGUCUUCGCUGGGAGGAUUUCCGAUGAGACACACACGGCUUCUCUGUUAGCCCACCUCGCGCAGUCGGGGCUCGGCUCGUGAGAGGGAAGCUUGUUAGCCGCUAACUAGCCGCGGUAGCAGCAACUCGCGAGCUAACUACCCGCCACUGCCGCAAGCUCGUGAGCUAAAUCGCGCGCGCGGUGUGUGUGAAGGAGAAUAUUAACGGCUCCGAAGCGACCGUUAGAAAUCGUUGCGGUUGCUAGCGAAGCUCGUUAGCCGCAAACUACACUCUACGCCGCAGCGCGCGAGCUAAGUCGCGCGGCGUCUGUGAAUCUUAACAGCUACGAAGCGACCGUUGGAAACCAUUGGAUACAACCCCCCCCCCCUUCCUGGAGGGCUUCGUCGACACCGACGGUGCCAUUAUCAAACCCCGGGGCCAGCCGCGUUGCCUCUCCCGCUGCCAUCUUUUCAUUAUCGGCGUGGCGUCUUGCCCCGCGGGCCUGCAGCGAUGUCGCCCAUUAGCUAACGAACAUAGCACGGAUUUUUUUUUGGGUGGACAUUUUUUUUUGUACGUGGUGCGAGCUGAUUUUUGUGUGUGGAGUCUUUCUUCUCGUAUCUUCACUGUACUUUCAUGUCGUGUCACCCGACAGCUAGCCGUCCCUCCAGAAGAACCAGACGCGGAGCAUGCAGGAGGAGAAAAGGCUCCAGAUAAAGUAGACGGGGCGUUCGCACACGACAGUUAAGCUAAACCGUGAGUGGGGGGUUUAAUCUAGACACACACAAAAACACAAAAGAGUUCCACAAAAAAAAAAAAUAGUAGACCAAGGAGGAUGAAGAAGUUUUCCAGGAUGCCGAAGUCCGAGAGCGGUGGUCUCGGCGGAGGGGCGUCCAGCUCCGGAGUCAGCAGCUACUUCGGGAAAGUGUUCGCAGUCGGCCGCUACCAAGUCACCGUGGAUGAGCUCAUUGCAGAGGGAGGAUUCUCGGUGGUGUUCCUGGCCCGGACGCACAGUGGCGUGCACUGCGCCCUGAAGAGGAUGUACGUCAACAACGUGCCGGACCUCAACGUCUACAAGAGGGAGAUCACCAUCAUGAAGGAGCUGUCGGGCCACAAGAACAUCGUGGGCUACCUGGACUCCACCAUCAACGCUCUGUCGGACAGCGUGUGGGAGGUCCUGAUCCUCAUGGAGUACUGCAAAGAGGGCCAGGUGGUGAAGCAGAUGAACCAGCGGCUGAACGUGGGCUUCAGCGAGGCCGAGGUGCUCCACAUCUUCUGUGACACCUGCGAGGCUGUGGCCCGCCUGCACCAGUGCAAGACGCCCGUCAUCCACCGCGACCUCAAGGUGGAGAACAUCCUGCUGAACGACCAGGGGAACUAUGUGCUUUGUGACUUCGGCAGCUCCACCCACAAGAUCCUGCUGCCACACAAAGACGGAGUGGCCGCCGUGGAGGACGAGAUCAAGAAGUACACGACCCUUUCAUAUCGGUCCCCGGAGAUGAUAAACUUGUACGCAGGGAAAGCCAUCACCACUAAGGCUGAUAUAUGGGCCCUUGGAUGCUUGUUGUACAAGCUGUGUUUCUUCACCCUUCCGUUUGGGGAGAGUCAGGUGGCGAUCUGCGACGGAACCUUUAUCGUUCCUGAUAACUCCAAGUUGUCCUUCAGCCUGCACUGUCUGAUCCGAUACAUGCUGGAGCCGGAGCCGGAGAAGAGACCCGACAUCUACCAGGUCUCCUACUUUGCCUUCAAACUAGCCGGAGCAGAAUGCCCGGUGCCAAAUCUCUUCGACUCUCCCAUCCCGACGUCGCUCCCAGAGCCUCUGACUGCCAGUGAGGUCGCUGCUCAAAAGAGCAUGACGAAAGCCAGGAUAACGGAUGACGUCGGCCCCACGGAGACCUCCAUCGCUCCCCGCCAGCGGCCCAAGGCGGCGAACAGCAACGUGCUGCCGCUCGCCAACACAGUCACCCCCGUGAAGACCACGCCGCCCUCAGCGCCCGUCAGCAACGGGCAGAAAGCCCCCACCCCCGGCUCUGUGCAGCCCUCCAUGCAGCCGCAGCACCGAGUCCUGCAGCAGCUCCACUCUGGUGACCUUCGUCUGCAGCAGCUGCAGCAACACCACCACCAACAACAACAACAGCAACAACAAGCGGCGCAGCAACAUGUCACCGCACAGCAACUCCAAUACCUCCAGUACCAACAGGCGGUGCAGCAGUCCCUCCAGCUGCAGCAGCAGCAGCAGCAGCACCAGGCGCUCCUCCAGCACCAGCAGCACCAGGCGCUGCUGCACCACCAGCAGCAGCAGCAGCAGCUGAUGAUGCAGCAGCCGCUGUACCAGCAGCAGCUGGCCCAGGCCCAGGCCCAGGCUCAGGCUCAGGCCCAGGCCCAGUACGCCGCCAUGCUGCACCACUACCAACAGGCUUUUGUCCAGCAGCAGCAACAGCAGCAUCAUCAACAACAGCAACAACAACAACAUCACCACCACCUCCAGCAGCAGCACCUCCAGCAGCACCACCCCGCGCAGCAGUCCCUGCCCUACAUGUCCUCCCCUCUCGAGUUCUACAGCGCCUCCACGGCCAGAGCUGCAGCCGGGCAGCCCGCCGACGCCGCCUACAACAAUCCCAGAGCCGCUCUGCUCGCGUCGUCCGACGGGUUCACGCCGCCGCCCUCUCAGAGCGGCCACGGCGCGCUGGGCCACGACAUGUCACGCUGGAACCCGUUCGGAGAGGACAACUUCUCCAGGUUGACGGAGGAGGAGCUCAUCGACCGGGAGUUUGACCUGCUGAGAGCAAAUCAGGCAGAGGAGAGGAGCGCUAGCGUGGACGCGGACCGCCCCGCGCCGGAGGACCUGUUCGGCUCCGCCCCCUUUGUGGCCGGCGCAGGUACCGAUGCGAUGAAGCCCGAGUCGACCAAUGAGGAGGUUGGCGUUCCUUCCCUCGUCUCAACCCCUGCAGAGAGUCCAGAGCCGGCGGCCGAGGAGCACAAACCGGGCCGAAAGGGCCACCGCGGAGCCGGCGGAGAGUCCGACCCGCCUUCGUCAGAAAGCAGCGAGGACGACGAGGAGGAGGAAGAAGAAGAAGAGAGGCCGACCAGCGAGCGCGGUGAAGACACCGAGCCGGAGUACAGAGGACGGAGGCCUCUGCUCAUGGACUCCGAGGAACACAGCUCGGACUCAGACUGCGACUCCGGCCGGGUCAAGAACCGCCGGACGAAAGCCGCGGCCGGGAGCCCGAGUCCCCAGGAGGAUUCGGCCAUGGCGCUCAUCGCCCCGCCGGAGACGCCCGGCGGAGCGAGAGCUGCUCCGGCUCUGGAUCCCGUUGACGUCUUCGGCGCCGUUCCCUUCCUCGGGGGAACGUCGCCCGUCGGGCCCUCGGCGAGCUCGGACAUCUUCGUCGAGGCGCCGUUCAGACAAGUCGACCGCGAGCAGCGAGCCGCGGACGACAUUGACGUCUUCACCAAAGCGCCGUUUAACCGGAACCUCUCCAAGCCGAGCAAGAGUGGCGGUGGCGACGUCCCCAUGGGCCAAACGCCGCCGUCUCCCGAGGGCAUCGACGUUUUCGGCUUCUCCCCCUUCCAGCCGGGCCCCGCCGAGCCGCCCGCCGCCACCGGGAGCGCCGAGCGCGUCUCCCGGCCGUCCCCGGAGGAGUCGACGAGCCCUCAGCAGCGCCUGAAGCAGCGCAGCCUCCAGCGGCUGUCGGCGCGCCACAAGAAAACCAAGCAGGAGGCCGCCGGCAAGCGCCACCACGGCACGCCGACCGGCGGGCGCAAGACCGGCAGACAGCCGACCUACCGCACGCCGGAGCGCGCACGCCGGCUCAAGAAGGUCGGCCGGAGGGACUCGCAGAGCAGCAACGAGUUCCCCGGCGCCUCGGACUCCAAGGAGGACGUCACCAUGUCGGAGGGGAAGGACGAGGGAGCUCCUCUGGCGGCGGCGGACGUCGACGCCCCUCUGGACCCGUUCGGCGCCGAGCCUUUCCAGCCUCCGGACGGCGGCGGCCGGUACCGGGGGCUCGCCGAGAGCCAAAGCGACCGGGGCACGGCCAACGGAGGGGCCCGGUCGGCGGGCUCGCUUCCCGGAGACGACGGCAUGGACGACUUCGGGUCGGUGUCGUUCAUAGAAAUGGUCCCAGCGGCGGCGGCGGCGCGCUCAAUGUCGUUGCUGGACCUCGACCCGUUCGGCGCGGCGCCUUUUCCCACCAAGGAGUGACUUGUUCUCUCCUCUGAUGACCUGAGUCGGUUCAGAGACUCUUGACUCGCCUUCUUCACAAGAAUCACCACGAAGCCUUCAGCCGUCUUACCUGAGCGGCACCACCUGACAGCGCGUUGGCCUUUUCCCGGCGCUGGAAUCGGUCGGUUGACCAUAACCACUUUAUACUUUUUUUUUAAUCCUUACUAAAUCUUUUCUCUACGCAGAAUUCCAGCGUAACGCAACUCCUGAAAAAAAGGUGCUGAAUUGGUUUAAAUUAAUUUACUUCCUCCCGUUAGCUCGUUGUUUUAGUCAUUGUUUCAUUGAGUUGUGAACUCGACACGUUCUGUUAGAAAUGAGGAUAAAACCGACAAUGAGUUCAGACGACCUGUCUGUGGCUCCACCCACAUUGGUUCCUACAGGCUGUAGCUUAGCUUUAAGAGACUGUACCAAAAUAUGCCCCAAUUACACCAAUAAAACUCACUA